AUGGUCACUUCACUGCGCCUGAUGCGUGAGGAUAUUCCUAAGGACUUUAGAACACCCCUGCAUACAACUUCAUCUGGGAUCACUUGGCAGCUCAAUACAUUCGAAGCAUACUCUGCAUCUUCGCACAUCAUCUUUCCCAGUCUUAAAGCAUACCUAUACCUCGUUCUCAUCAUGCCAAUCUACAUCCCUCUAGCUCCUCCCAGGCUCCAAACCGAGUUCAACUACAACUACGGCUACAACACAAUGCAAUGGAGAACCCCGGGACAGACACCACGAGUCACUGUUUACGACACCGAAGAUGAGGAAGAGGUUGUUUACGAUCUUGAUGAACACGCCAUGGCCUGCCUGCCACAUCACCUGCAGCAGGUAAUGCGAGAAGUUCACAUGGAACGCCUGGAACGUCUGCAGCGCGAGAACCCUUACUUCAAAUUCCGCAGCCCAGUGCCUUACAAUCGCAACAAAUAUGCUUCUGCAUGGCUCGACAGCGUGGCCUCGCAACUUGUGGAGAGGCGGUUAACGCAUAGAGCAAGAUAUCACCAUGUUGGAGGGACACCAGAUGUACUUUCUCAACAAAUGGGCUGCGGUGAAAACCAAAGACGAGCUACCGAAGAACCUCAACAUACAUUCGGCGAUACAGUCAACCGGGAACAAACAGCGUCCAGAACUCCGGAACCAGGCCUCGAUUAUCAUCGGGAGGAAAUCAUUGCAGAUGUAAGUGUCGGAAGGAGGCGCAACUCAUCUCCGAUCCAAGAGUACUUUACGGAGCGGAAUGAUAAGAGUCGAACUCACAUCAGACAUGCGACUUGGUACGGAGGUCAGCCGUUGGAAGAAAGGUCGGGCAGUCCCGAGUUUCGCAGGAGACGAUCACCAGUCUUCUCGGAAAUGCGAAGUCGACUUCAAAAGAAGAUUGGGAGGAUGAGCAGAUUCUUCAAAAGAUAUUCCGUCGCCUGA